AUGGAUCUCUUCAUAUACAACGCGUCGUACCAGGUCUGGAUCUGCAUUGAAUGUCGUUACGCCGUCUCGCCCCGUCAAUUCGACACUCAUCUCUGCAGUCAUCACCGACAUCAUCCAGCCGCCAGAACCGCGGAGCUUCGUCAGGCUGCGCUGGCCGAGAUGUUAAAAUGGCCCUGGCUACAGCCUACACGGGAGCCGUGCAGAUUGCAUCCACCCGACUCUGCGCCCAUCCCCGGUCUUCCUGUCUAUCCUGACUUUCGCUGCCCCCGCUGUACCUACAUGUCGCGAGCGUUAGCGACAAUACGUAGCCAUCUAGCACAUAUACACCCGGAGACCCAACGACUGCGUGGCCGUGCUUCCAAAGCCAAGUCUGAUAUAGCUGCCGCUGCAGAACACGUGAGCUGUCAGCGAUUCUUUGUAUCUGGCUCGGGGAGCGGCUUCUUCAGUAUGAUCGCACCGUCUCCGAUCAGGCAAGAACGGCUAGCUAGUACAGUGUCCGAGGCCGAGUUCAUUCAGGCCCAGGUCCGCCGGGAUCUCCAGGAGAGCUUGGCGGACGAGGCAGGACAAGCGAUGCAAAUCACCGCCCAGAAGCAUGCUACCGAAGUCUCGCCAUAG